AUGGCGGCGCUGGUGCCUGGGGGCUCCUGGGGUACCGGGGACGCCACCUUGGCCGCCCUAAACGAACUAUCCCAGAACUUCACGUACGGGGCUCCUGGCCCCGGCAACGGCUCUCUGUCGGGCGAGUGGUACCGCAGGAACCAGAUUCACCUUUUUGGAGUUUUGUUGGCUGUUUUAGGAAACUUGAUAAUCAGCAUUUCUCUAAAUAUUCAGAAAUAUUCUCAUCUUCAGCUGGCUCACCAAGAACACCCGAGGCCACUCUUCAAGAGCGUGUCAUGGUGGGGAGGAGUCGUACUCAUGGCUGUGGGAGAGAUUGGCAACUUUGCAGCCUAUGGAUUUGCCCCUAUUACUCUCAUUGCUCCAUUAGGUUGCAUGUGUGUUACAGGAAGUGCCAUUAUUUCUGUUGUUUUUCUGAAAGAAAAUUUGAGAGCCUCAGACUUACUGGGUAUGACACUGGCAUUUGCAGGAACAUAUUUAUUGGUGAAUUUUGCUCCAAAUGUAACUCAGCCUAUCUCAGCAAGAACAAUACAGUAUUACUUUGUUGGCUGGAAGUUCCUCAUCUAUGUGAUUUUAGAAAUACUAAUUUUCUGCAUCCUCCUGUAUUUCCAUAAAAGAAAAGGAAUGAAGCACAUUGUGAUUCUUCUAACCCUGGUGGCACUUCUAGCAUCAUUGACUGUUAUUUCAGUAAAGGCAGUAUCAAGCAUGAUCGCUUUUUCUGUGACGGAUAAAAUGCAACUAACUUAUCCCAUCUUCUAUAUCAUGUUUAUCAUCAUGGUUGCAUCUUGUGUUUUCCAAGUCAAGUUCCUGAAUCAAGCCACAAAACUCUACAAUACGACGAUGGUGGUGCCCAUUAACCAUAUUUUCUUUACAACCAGUGCCAUUAUUGCAGGUAUCAUAUUUUAUCAGGAAUUCCUUGGUGCAACUUUUCUCCCUAUAUUUAUAUAUCUUUUUGGGUGUUUUCUGUCCUUCUUUGGCGUGUUUUUGGUCACAAGAAAUCGAGAAAAGGAACGCCUGCAACAGUCUUACAUUGAUUUGGGAGAUAUUCCUGGGAAACAAAUGUUGGACAGAAUACAGCCAGAUUCAAAUGGCUUAUCCUAUGGAACUUUGCCCGAUGGAAGUGACUCAACAAAGAGCCAAAGUGGAGAGAAGAAAGAGGUCUAA